CAACAACCCCAGUUGUCUAAGGAGACAUUCCAUGGGCGUAGAAGCGUUGCAGGAAAUCCUUCUCCCUUUCCCAGAAGAACACUCAAAAUAAAUACACACACCGAACUACAACCACACCCACACACACUCAUCACAUUGGACAUACAUUUUACGUUAAACCUUUUGUUAAUGCCUCACACAAGAUGGCAGGAAGAUGAGAAAACGGGGAAGCAUUAUUUCAUAUCACACUUUUGAACUGUGAUAUCAUAUGAACACAUCUGAACACAUUUUCCAACAUUGGUCCGUGCACUGAAUGGCUGUUGUAUCACCACUAGAGGGCAGCAUUACUUCGAAAUGUUGUACAGCCGAAAUUGCCUUCUCUUAUUGAGUCAGGAAUUAAGAGCUUUGACAUUGAGAAAAGAGUGAAACUUAAUCUAGAAUUUGUGAUGAUAAUAAGAAGAAGAAUAAUAAUAUAAUCAAAAUUGUAAGAAUAACAACACAGCUGUGUUCACAGGUUCUCUGACCAUCAGCUAGAUAAAGUCGUGGCCGGUCGGACUUCCACACAGCCUUUUUAAAAAACCACUUGCUCCACAUGUCCCUCACAAGGACAAUUAUCAUCAUUUCGAUUGCACAUUUACUUCUCGCUUGAGAUUGGAUCACAUCUGGUAAUGAUAGUCAAGUAUCACUCGACGCUCUCCAGCAGCAUCUCUUCCAGUCAUUAGCAUAAAACCUGCAAGACAUUGACCUUCCCCUGCGUGUCUCUCACCGCAGAUAGGCCUCAGCUAUGUUCUUUCUUAGCCACGUGAGCCUGUUUACAUUCCCUUUCGUUCAUAAGAAAGACAACCAAAGCUUCCUCACUCCUCGAGAAGUGUGCAUCACCGAAGCCACUGAGCAGGGAGGCAGAGUUAUACCCAACCCUAGACGUCAAUACUCGUUUGGCAAGGUGCGUCCUUUGGACUGUUUGUUUCCUUAUUUGUAUGGAUCUGGGAAAUCUAAGCUUUUAUGAAGGAAACGGAAAUAUACAAAAACCCGCUGAAAAUAGAACCAGACUGAUACGGCGGCAGCCAUGUUCUCCAUGGAGGCAAUAAUCACAACGUUAUUCCCAUCCAGACAAGGGACGUCGGUGCAGGUAGAAACCCCACUACCAGAAAGUCUGGAUUCCAAGGACCCAAUGAAACAGUUUGUAUCAGAUCGCAUCCUGAAGGCGGCGAGGGUGGUGUACAACAGCUUGAUAGAACGCAACCCUGCCCUGAUCCGCGACAGAAAGCACCACCUAAAGACGUACAGACAGUGCUGCUCAGGUAAGGAGCUCGUCGAUUGGCUGUUGAAGCUCAACGAGGGCGGCCAAUCCAGGAGCCAGGCGGUCGGCAUGUGGCAGGUGUUGGUGGACGAAGGCAUUCUUGUUCAUGUGAAACAAGAGCUGAACUACCACGACAAGGACACCCAGUUCUACCGCUUCCUGGAGUCAGAGUUCAGCCAGGACCCCUUGAGGUCCACGGAGAAGGACCUGGAGAAAGACUCGGAGGGGGACUUGGAGAGGGACUCCGAGAGGGACUCUGGGAGGGACUCAGAGGACGAGCUCCAGGAGGGCCUCUCGCUGCUGUCCCAGAUGGGCCCUGAUGCUCUUCUCACCAUGAUCUUACGCAAACACCCCAGCCAGAGGAGUGCGGAGGACCUUGAGGUUAUCUAUGAGGAGCUGCUGCACGUCAAGGCUGUAGCCCACCUCUCCACCUCAGUGCGCAAGGAGCUAGCGGCCGUGUUGGUGUUCGAGACGCACGGCAAGGCGGGAACAGUGUUGUUUAGCCAGGGGGACAAAGGCAAUUCCUGGUACAUCAUCUGGAAGGGCUCCGUGAACGUGAUCACGCACGGGAAGGGUCUGGUGGCGAAGCUGCGCGAGGGGGAGGACUUCGGCCAGCUGGCGCUGCUGAACGACGCGCCGCGGGCCGCCACCAUCAUCCUGAGGGAGGACAACUGCCACUUCCUGAGGGUCGACAAGCAGGACUACAUCAGGAUCCUCAAGGACGUGGAGGCGAACACGGUGCGCCUGGAGGAGCACGGCCACACCGUGCUGGUCCUGGAGAAGAGCACCACGGACUCCACCGAUCAGGGCGGGGCAGGAGGCAGCAGCAAGUACACCGUUAUGUCGGGAACGCCAGAGAAGAUUCUGGAACACCUGCUGGAGAAGGUGAAGCUGGACACUAACGGAAAUGACACCAUAGAUUCCUGCGUGGGGGACUUCUUACUCACCCACAAAAUCUUCAUGGCCUCCAGCCAGCUGUGUCCAGCUCUGCAGCACCACUACCACGCCCAACCGCCCAAGGGCUCGGAGCUGGAGAAGGCAGACUACUCGCUGGCGGCCAGGCAGAAGGUGGUGAAGCUGCUGGGCCAGUGGGUGCUGCUCUACGGCCGGCUGCUCAAGGACGACCCCGUCGCGCUGGACUUCCUGGAGAGGCUGAAGAAGGAGGUGGCAGCGGAUAGCCGGCUGUCCACCAUGCCGAAGGAUCAGCUAAGAGAGAGGAGGAGGACUCGACUAUCCGAGAAUGGAAAUCAUUCCCUUAGCAGGCAGCACAGCCAGCAAUUUGAUUGGUUCUGCAACUGCGAGGAACCAGUGGGGAGGUUACAGCCAAUCAGAGGCCAGGAUAAAGUGUUGUAUGAGAUUUCUAGGCCAGACAACAUCCCCAUCACUCUGAUGCUCCCAGUGAACACAUCCGUACAGGAGGUGCUGUCGGCAGUGGUGAAGCCCGGGGCGGACUACGUCCUGGUCAAAAUGAACUCCAUGGGAGACAGGGCCCAGCUGAAGCUGGACUCCAGCGCCGUGUCCGUCGGCCUGGGGCUCAACGAGAGGCUCUUCAUGUGCACCUCCAGCCAGGUGGAACGGCUGAGGCCCCUAAAGGAGCAGCAGGGGCCCGAGCAGGGGACGGCAGACGCACUGGAGCAGAUGUGCUCCAAAGACGUGGCCAGUCAGCUGACACACUACGACUGGGAGCUCUUCACUGCCAUGCAUGAGGUGGAGCUCAUCUACUACGUCUUCGGCCGCAGCAAGUUCCCCGGCGCCACCACAGCCAACCUGCAGCGCUUCGUGCGGCGCUUCAACGAGGUGCAGUACUGGGUGGCGACCGAGGUGUGCCUCUGCCAGGACCUGAUGAAGAGAGCCGCGCUGCUCAAGAAGUUCGUCAAGAUCGCCUCUGUGCUGAAGGAGCAGAGGAAUCUCAACUCCUUCUUCGCCGUGAUGUUUGGACUGAGCAACAGCGCAGUGCAGCGACUGUACAAGACCUGGGAGAGAAUACCAAGCAAAACCAAAAGGAUCUACUGUGCUUAUGAGAGGUUGAUGGAUCCUUCGCGGAACCACAGAGCCUACAGACUAGCGGUGGCUAAACUCAGCCCUCCUUACAUCCCCUUCAUGCCUCUGCUGCUCAAAGACAUGACAUUCAUCCACGAGGGAAACAAGAACUACAAGGACAAAUUAGUCAACUUUGAGAAGAUGCGGUUGAUCGCUAAGACACUGAAGAUAGUGCAGGGAUGCAGGAGUCAGCCGUACGUGCAUUUAUCCCCAACCAGGGGGCUGGCCGACCGCAUGCUGCUGGAGGCCCCUUCCAUCCGCAUCUCGACGUAUUCUGACUCUCUGCCUUGCCGGAGUCCCAGCAACAUCCGGCUGUACGUCCAGAAUCUGAGCGUGAUCGACAACCAGUGCAGACUCACAGAGCUCUCCAGGACUUUGGAGUGCUAGGGCCCGGACCAACGCAGACUCACAGAGCUCUCCAGGACUUUGGAGUGCUAGGGCCCGGACCAACGCAGACUCACAGAGCUCUCCAGGACUUUGGAGUGCUAGGGCCCGGACCAACGCAGACUCACAGAGCUCUCCAGGACUUUGAAGUGCUAGGGCCCGGACCAACGCAGACUCACAGAGCUCUCGAAGGACUUUGGAGCGCUAGGACCCAGACAAGCGCACAAAGAACUUAUAAAUGCACACAGAGCACCUAACGCCACGCACCGCAUCUCAGACUGAAGGCCGUCCCCCGAUGAACUGAUGCUUUUUGCUCUGGAUUACACUUAUGCAAGUGAGGGAAACCGAACGUUGGUUUUCAUCAGAGAAUGAAGGGCACUACUUGUGUCACACCAGUGACCUCUAGUGCCUUGCCAGUGAACUACAGAUACAUGUGUGCGCUGCCUAUAGAACAUAAGCCUAAGUCUGGUGCCUACAAGGACAUUUGUGUUGCACUCUCUGAAUACCUGCUUUUGGAUAAGGUUACAAUGUUGAUUUUAGAGCCAAUGUAUAUAUGGGUCAGAGGUGAUUGGCUGAUGAAGUAUAUUUUCACAUGAAGGAGAAAAAGCACUGAAUCAGCACAGAAUCAUGUCAUGUUACACUUGUUUUAUGUACAGUUUUUGUAUUUCAUAAAUUAUUUUUGGAGUUUAAUGAACACAAAUCGCAGUGUGUAAAAAGGGAAAUACUUUAUUUAAAAUACAAACUUUGAACAAAAACAAAAUCCCUAAAAACAAAAAUUCUCCCCAAUAUGGGGUGAGAAGAAUUCACAACAAACAAUUUAUCAUUUGAAUUUAAAAAUAAUCUUCUUGUCAGAAAUAUAUACAACUUAUUUUAGAGUCCAAGAAAUGGGGUUGUUUAGAAAAGUCCUGACCCUCCUCCGACUAGAACCGUGGAUGAAAGAUCGCAUCAUCAUAAAUAACAGGUCGGAAAAUGAUGUUACAGAUUGAAUCAAUUACCAAAUUAAUCUAAAAGACAGUCUUCUGAAACUGUGAAACACAUUUGUUGUUUUUUACUUGACAUAAGGCUGCGCUAAAGACAGAACAGCUAUGUGACACAUAUGGUUAGUAAAAGGUGGUGUUUAAACAGGUGAUACAACUGCAUGCCACAUUCAAAUGUGACACCACAAAAUUAUCUUGAGCAGCGAACGCGGCGUGUUUCUGGGGAGGGGCUCAAGAGAAUGUGCUUCACACACACGGCAGGUUUGUGGUACAAAAAUCUGAUAGCAAAAGUGGUCCAAGAUGUAUGCA